CUGCAAAGUCUGCUGCUUGCUGCCUCUCACACCAGCGGUGGGUACAGUCUGGAAGGAGCAUCACUGUUCAUGUUUCUUCCUUCAACUCCUACUCCGUGCCACGUGCAUUGCUCAGCACUGGGGGGUCAGAAGGAACAAAGAUGUGCCGGGCGCAGACCCCUCUCCAGCAGCUCCAGCCUUUCCAGACCAGGCCUACCUCACUGUCAAGCUGAGGACUCCAGAGAGGCCUGCGGACUGCGUGGAGAGGGAAGGGGGACGGGCUGGUGAAAGAGGGUGUGAGAAGGACCGACGAGGCAGUCAUCACAGGAAAGGCGCCAGGGUGGGGCCCAGAGAGGACACAGCUGCAGAAAUGAAGGUGUGAGGUGUCCAGGCUAUGGCCAUGACUGGGAAGGGGAGGUAAUCCCAUGAGGCCCCGCGCCGGAGAGAAGCCAAUCCCGUGAGGUCCCGCGCAGGAGAGAAGCCAAUCCCAAUCCCGUGAGGCCCCGCGCCGGAGAGAAGCCAAUCCCAAUCCCGUGAGGUCCCGCGCAGGAGAGAAGCCAAUCCCAAUCCCGUGAGGCCCCGCGCUGGAGAGAAGCCAAUCCCAAUCCCGUGAGGCUCCGUGCCGGAGAGAAGCCAAGCCCGUGAGGCCACGCGCCAGAGAGAAGCCAAUCCCGUGAGGCUCCGUGCCGGAGAGAAACUAAUCCAUGAGGCUCUGCUCCGGAGAGAAGCCAAGCCCAUGAGACCCAGCACGGGAGAAAAGCUAAGGCCGCGAGGCCCCGCGCCAGAGAGAAACUAAUCCCGCGAGGCCCCGCACCGGAGAGAAACUAAUCCCGUGAGGCCCCGCGCCGGAGAGAAGCCAAUCCCAAUCCCGUGAGGCUCCGUGCCGGAGAGAAGCCAAGCCCGUGAGGCCCAGCAAGGGAGAAAAGCUAAGGCCGCGAGGCCCCGCGCAGGAGAGAAACUAAUCCCGUGAGGCCCAGCGCCAGAGAGAAACUAAUCCCGUGAGGCCCCGCACCGGAGAGAAACUAAUCCCGUGAGGCCCCGCGCCAGAGAGAAACUAAUCCCGCGAGGCCCCGCGUGGGAGAGAAGCCAAGCCCGUGAGACCCGGCGCGGGAGAGAAUCUAAGCCCGCGAGGUGCAUCGCCGGAGAGAUGCCAAAAACCCGUGAGACCCAGUGCCGGAGAGAAGCCAAUCCCGUGAGGCCCCGCGCCGGAGAGAAGCUAAGCCGGAAGGAUGCUGUAGGAGAUGUUCUUAGAAAGCACAGAAGCAUCCCACUUCUCAUCAAGCAUCCAUCCACUACUUUCAGUACCCGUGGAUGGUUCUCAGUGGAAUGAAGUAGCACUGUCCAUGGAGACGGUGACUCUGGGAAGCUGGUGAAGAUUUCGAGUAGCAACUGUGAGGGCUGGACCUGACUAGGGAAUGAGAGAAACCUUGAGGAAGAGCAUCAGAGACUGGACCAGGGAACGAGAAAAACCUUGAGGAAAUGAAUCGAAAUCUCAGUUAAUGCUGAGACACUGAAUCUGAAGUAACUUAAAUCCACAGAAGUGAGCAAAUUCUUCCAGAAGCUUCCAACUGGUGACAGUGGAGGAGAGGAAGCUACCAGAGCCCCUACAUCAUGAACAGCACCCCAAGGGAUGCCCAGGCCCCGAGCCACCGUGAGUGCCUCCUGCCCUCUAUGGCUCGCACCCCCUCGGUCACCAAGGUCACUCCAGCCAAGAAGAUUACCUUCCUCAAGCGAGGGGAUCCACAGUUUGCUGGGGUCCGCCUGGCCGUUCACCAGCGCGCCUUUAAGACCUUCAGCGCCCUCAUGGACGAGCUCUCUCAGCGCAUGCCUCUCUCCUUUGGGGUGCGCUCUGUCACCACACCCCGGGGUCUGCACAGCCUCAGUGCCCUGGAGCAGCUGGAAGAUGGUGGGUGCUACCUAUGCUCUGAUAAGCCCCCCAAGACACCCAGUGGGCCAGGCUGGCCACAGGGGAGAGGCCCUGCUGCUCCACGUUUGCGGGAUAUUGAAGGCCAGCGUGAAGUCCCAGGAACAUCCUCCUCCCGGAAGAGUCUUAAAACUCCCCGGAGGAUACUGUUGGUUAAGAACACAGACCCUCGCCUCCAGCAGACAGUGGUCCUCAGUCACCGGAAUAUGAGAAGCCUGGCUGCCUUUCUCAGCAAAGCCUCGGAUCUCCUGUGCUUUCCUGUGAAGCAGGUGUACACAACCAGUGGGAAAAAGGUGGACUCACUGCAGGCGCUGCUGCACAGCCCCUCCGUGCUGGUGUGUGCCGGGCAUGAGGCAUUCAGACCUCCAGCCAUGGAAAAUUCCAGGAGAAGUGAGGCUGGAACUUUAUCUGGGCUGACUUCAAGAAGCAAAAACAGGAGCUGGGGACCAAAGACCAAGCCGAGCGUGAUCCAUUCACGGUCCCAGUCAGGCAGCAGGCCAAGGCUGCCAGAGAGACCUGGUCCCAGUGACCCCCUGGUGGGCCCUGCUCCUGACAGGCACCCUCAAGACACGCCGGCGCAGCCGGGCCCGCUGGUGGCCGGCGAUGACAUGAAGAAGAAGGUCCGCAUGAAUGACGAUGGCAGCCUGUCCGUGGAGAUGAAAGUCCGCUUCCACCUGGUCGGCGAGGACACGCUUCUGUGGUCCCGGAGGAUGGGCCGGGCCACUGCCCUCACCACAGCCAGCGGGGAGGACCCCGUUCUGGGGGAGGUGGACCCCCUCUGCUGUGUGUGGGAGGGCUACCCCUGGGGCUUCUCGCAGCCUGGGGUGUGGGGACCCCGGCCCUGCAGGGUGGGAUGCGGGGAAGCCUUUGGCCGAGGUGGGCAGCCAGGGCCCAAGUAUGAAAUCUGGACGAAUCCUCUGCAUGCCUCCCAGGGACAGAGAGUGGCGGCUCGGAAGAGGUGGGGGCUGGCCCAGCACAUCCGCUGCAGUGGCCUGUGGGACCAUGGGGCUCCCAGGAGGGAGAGAUGCAGCCAGGACAGUGCCAGCCCAGCCUCCAGCACUGGCCACCCUGAGGGCUCGGAGCCAGGCUCUUCCUGCUGCCCCAGGAUCCCAGAGGACAAGGUAGACAGCGGCAGCCCCUCUGCCCAGAGAGGGGCCGAGUGGGAAGCUAGCAGGAGCCUGGGUGAGGACCCUGGCACGUGCACAGAUGGAGCAGGGCUGGGCGGCCCAGAGCAAGGCGGCCGCCUGAUGUCCAGAGCCCGGAGUGAGGAGGGGGCUUCUUCAGACUCGUCAGCCAGCACCAGGGAGGGAUCCAGCAAAUGGGGUGGGCGGACCCGGGGCUGCCUGGGCAUGGCAAGGGCUGAGACCUCGCAGCAGGAGGCCACCGAGGGAAGCAUUCCAGGUUCUCCAGCCCUGACUCUUUCAUCUUUAAGGAGUGAGGACCUGCAGGCGGAGAUGCCAGGACACGGCACUGAGCACCAGCAGGCCAGGGGUGCGUCUGUGAUGAGGGAGCCUCUGGCUUCGGGCCUUUCUGGCUCCUGGGACUCAGAAGGAGCCUCUUCCACCCCUCCCACCUGCACUUCAGCCCAGCAGGGGCGGAGAAGGCACAAGAGCCGGGCCAGUGCGGUAUCCUCACCCAGCAGCCAUGGCCUUGGCCGAGUGGCCCCAAGAGACUCUCCCAGGCAGUGUCGCUAUUGCAGGGGCACCCACGGCCUGCUGGACUCCCCUGCAACCAUGCAAGUGCCGAGGCCUCCUGAGCGGCAAAGGGUCUGCCGGGAUGGCUCAGUGCCACGAUCUUCUGGAAGCUCAUCGAGCUCCAGGACACAGGCCUCCGGGGACCUGAGACCUCCCUCCUCGGGCUCUCUUCCUUCCCAGGACCUUCUGAGAACCAGCAGUGCCACUGUCACCCCUGCAGGCCACUCAGACUGUGCCUCUGGGGUCUCCCCCCACAACGCUCCCUCUGCUGGGUGGGCAGGGGAGGCAGGAUCCAGAACAUGCUCACUGGCCCCCACACCGCCUCAUACAUCCAACUGCUACUCAAAAUCUGGGGCUGCCAGCCUGGAGGAACAGGCCUGGGACACCCCCCAGCCCUCCUUGCCGUUAAUUCUGCAGGUUGAGCAGCCCGAGCAAGGGGCAUCAGGCCCCCGCCAAGGCCGCUCCUGCUCACAGACCGGGACACUGCCAGCCCAAGAGGCCCAGUGGGGACCAUCCCUGGAGGCCCACUGGCUGUGUGGCAGGUACUGCCCCACCCCACCAAGGGGGCGGCCCUGCCCUGAGAGGCGCCCUUCCAGCUGUGCCAGCACCAGCAGCAGCCACCGGAGUGCUGCCCGUGGGCCAGGUGGGAGCCAGCAGGAGGAGGGGACACACCAGGCAGAGCUCACAAUGUCCUCUGGCCCCAGUUCAGGGGCAUCUAGGAGAAGCUGUGUGAGCCAGGUUGUGGGGUCUGGGGUGCUAUCCCAGGAGAAGACUGCUCGUCGGGGAGGCCUCCAGGGGCAGGAGGAGACCAGUGGCAUGUCCCCUGGCACGCUGCCCCGCUCGUCUCCAGAGGCUGUGGUCCGAGAAUGGCUGGACAACAUUCCUGAAGAGCCCGUACUCAUGACAUAUGAGAUGGUGGACGAGACCACAGGUGCAGCAGGGGGUGACCUGAGGGGCCCUGAGGUGGACCCUGGGGAUGACGGUGCUCUGGAAGGCCUGGGGGAGUCAGCUGACAACAGACAACAGCCCCUGGAAGGGGUUGCUGGACAGGACCUGGAGCCAGAGGGAGUCCUCCUGGUGAGUGGUGACGUUGGUCCCCAAUCAGGAGAGGGUAUCCCCCAAGGGGCAUCUCCAGAGGGAGUUUCUGAGGCCCCUGCAGAGGCCGGAAUGGACAGAGGGGCCCCGGCCAGCUGCGGGGUGGGCCUGCGGGCUCUUCCUGGCCGGGUGUCUGCCUCCACGCAGAUCCUGAGGGCACUGAUGGGCUCCAAGCAUGACCGGCCCAGCAGCGUGCCCGAAGUGUCUCGGCCCAUGGCCAGGAGGCUCAGCCGCUCAGCUGGGGCCCUCAUUACCUGUCUGGCCAGUCUCCAGUUCUUUGAUGAAGACUCUGGGUCUCCUGCCAGCAAAGUGAGGUUCAAAGACUCCCCUCGGUACCAGGAGUUGCUCCGCAUCUCAAAGGACCUGUGGCCAGGAUGUGACCUUGAGCAGGACCAGCUGGACUCAGGCCUCUGGGAGCUCACAUGGAGCCAGGCUCUGCUGGACCUUGGGUCCCAUGUUGCGACAGAGAACUUCACGCCCACGUCCUCCUCGGGCGUGGACAUCAGUAGCGGCUCUGGAGGCUCAGGGGAGAGCAGCAUACCCUGUGCCAUGGAUGGUACCCUGGUCCCUGAGGGGACAGAGCUGUCCCUGAAAACCUCCAACCAGAGGUCUGAUUCCAGAACCUCUGAGAACCCAGGGGAUCUGGAAAAGCAACAGCACUGUUGUUCCCCAGACUUCUUGAACUCCCGAGCCUGCGCUUGUGCCACCAAGGAGGAGGAAGCAGAAGGAGACAGGGAGGAGGAGCAGAUGGCUGAAAACACAAUGCAAGAAGAGGAGGCACAGUCAGAGGAAACUAAAGAGGGAACAGAAGGAGAACUGCAAGAAGAGGCGCAGUUAGAGGAAGUGGAAGAGGCAGAAGGAGAAGGGCUUCAAGAAGAGGGGGCGCAGUUAGAGGAAACUAAAGAGGAAUCAGGAGAACUGCAAGAAGAGGCGCAGUUAGAGGAAGUGGAAGAGGCAGAAGGAGAAAGGCUUCAAGAAGAGGGGGCGCAGUUAGAGGAAACUAAAGAGGGAACAGAAGGAGAACUGCAAGAAGAGGCGCAGUUAGUGGAAGUGGAAGAGGCAGAAGGAGAAGGGCUUCAAGAAGAGGGGGCGCAGUUAGAGGAAACUAAAGAAUCGGGAGAACUGCAAGAAGAGGCGCAGUUAGUGGAAGAGGCAGAAGGAGAAGGGCUUCAAGAAGAGGGGGCGCAGUUAGAGGAAACUAAAGAGGAAUCAGGAGAACUGCAAGAAGAGGCGCAGUUAGAGGAAGUGGAAGAGGCAGAAGGAGAAAGGCUUCAAGAAGAGGGGGCGCAGUUAGAGGAAACUAAAGAGGGAACAGAAGGAGAACUGCAAGAAGAGGCGCAGUUAGUGGAAGUGGAAGAGGCAGAAGGAGAAGGGCUUCAAGAAGAGGGGGCGCAGUUAGAGGAAACUCAAGAGGAAUCAGGAGAACUGCAAGAAGAGGCGCAGUUAGAGGAAGUGGAAGAAGCAGAAGGAGAAGGGCUUCAGGAAGAGGGGGCGCAGUUAGAGGAAACUAAAGAGGAAACAGAACUGCAAGAAGAGGCGCAGUUAGAGGAAGUGGAAGAGGCAGAAGGAGAAGGGCUUCAGGAAGAGGGGGCGCAGUUAGAGGAAACUAAAGAGGAAACAGAACUGCAAGAAGAGGCGCAGUUAGAGGAAGUGGAAGAGGCAGAAGGAGAAGGGCUUCAGGAAGACGGGGCGCAGUUAGAGGAAACUAAAGAGGAAACAGAAGGAGAACUGCAAGAAGAGGCGCAGUUAGUGGAAGUGGAAGAAGAAGCAGAAGGAGAAGGGCUUCAGGAAGACGGGGCGCAGUUAGAGGAAACUCAAGGAACAGGAGGAGGAGAGCUGCAAGAAGAAGAGGCACAGUUCGAGGAAAUGAAAGAAGAAACAGAAGAACGGCUGCAAGAAGAGGCACAGCUAGAGGAAGUUAAGGAAGGACCAGAAGAAGGACUGCAGGAAGAGGUUCUUGAAGAAGGUCUCAAAGAGGCAGAGCUUCCAGAAGAAGGACGCGUCUGCAGACAGGAAUUGUCAGAGGCCAGCUCUCUGGAUGGGGAAGGCUCCCAGGAAGAAGACCCAGCCCAGGAGGAGGAAGUGGGAAGAGCCUCUGCCUCUGCAGAGCCAUGCCCCCCAGAGGGAACAGAGGAGCCCACGGAGCCCACUAGUCAUCUCAGUGAGAUGGACCCAAGUGCCAGUGAGAGUCAAAGUAGCUCCCAGCUUGAGCCUGGCUUGGAAAAGCCACCCGGAGCCUCCUGGAUGGGCCAGGAGCACACGCAGGCCCCACCUACCCAAGGGGCUGCAGAGAAGAGCUCUUCGGUGGCCUACAGAGUGGCUCUGGACUGUGACCCCAUCUUGGUGUCUGUGUUGCUGAAGAAGACAGAGAAGGCCUUCCUGGCCCACCUUGCCAGUGCGGUGGCCGAGCUCCGAGCACGCUGGGCCCUGCAGGACAACGAUCUGCUGGACCAGAUGGCGGCUGAGCUGCAGCAGGAUGUGGCCCGGCGCCUCCAGAACAGCACCGAGAGAGAGCUCCAGAAGCUCCAGAGUCGAGCGGGGCGGAUGGUGCUGGGGCCUCCCCGGGAGACCCUCACGGGGGAGCUGCUCCUGCAGACCCAGCAGCGCAGACACCGCCUCUGGGGCCUACGCAACCUCUCGGCCUUCUCUGAGCGGACCCUGGGCCUGGAGCCUCUCUCCUUCACCCUGGAGGAUGAGCCGGCCCUCAGCACAGACCUGGGCACCCAGCUAGAUGCAGAGGCUGAGGGAGAGGAGUUCUGUCCUUGUGAGGCCUGCGUGAGAAAGAAAGUGAGCCCUACAUCCCCAAAGGACACAAUGGGGGCCACCAGAGGUCCCAUCAAAGAGGCCUUUGACCUGCGGCAGAUUCUGCAGAGGAAGAAGGGAGAACGCACCGAUGGGGAGGCAGCAGAGGUGGCCCCUGGCAGGACCCACAUGGACCUCAUAAGCACCAGGACUGUCCAGGGAGCCGAGGGGAGGCCGGGGCUGGGGCUGGGCCCAGGGCCUGGAGUGGACGAGGAAGAGGAUGGUGAGGGGAGCCAGAGACUUGACAGAGACAAAGAUCCCAAACCGGAGGAGGCAGAGGGAGCUGCAGUGGCUCAGGAGAGAGAAGGGAAAACCCACAACAGCAAAACCAGCGCCAGCAGUGAGCUGGAGGAAGCUGAGCAGGAGGGAGAGGGCCUAGGUGAGAGGGGAGAAAUUGGGAGCCAGGGCUCUGGGCAUGAGGACAACUUGCAGGAUGAAGCUGCGGCAGGAGGUGACCAAGAUCCAGGACAGAGUGAUGAAGCUGAAGGCAUAGAGGCCCCAGAGGCCAAAGAGGAGGCCCAGGAGGCAGAAGAGGAGGCCCAGCCAGAGUCACAAGGUGUAGAGGCUCAGGAGGCAGAAGAGGAGGCCCAGCCAGAGUCACAAGGUGUAGCGGCCCAGGAGGCAGAAGAGGAGGCCCAACCAGAGUCAGAAGGUGUGGAGGCCCAGGAGGCAGAAGAGGAGGCCCACCCAGAGUCAGAAGGUGUAGAGGCCCAGGAGGCAGAAGAGGAGGCCCAGCCAGAGUCAGAAGGUGUAGAGGCCCAGGAGGCAGAAGAGGAGGCCCAGCCAGAGUCAGAAGAUGUAGAGGCCCAGGAGGCAGAAGGGGAGGCCCAGCCAGAGUCAGAAGGUGUAGAGGCCCAGGAGGCAGAAGAGGAGGCCCAGCCAGAGUCAGAAGAUGUAGAGGCCCAGGAGGCUGAAGGGGAGGCCCAGCCAGAGUCAGAAGAUGUAGAGGCCCAGGAGGCAGAAGAGGAGGCCCAGCCAGAGCCAGAAGGUGUAGAGGUCCUGGAGGCUGAAGGGGAGGCCCAGGAGGCAGAAGAGGAGGCCCAGCCAGAGUCAGAAGAUGUAGAGGCCCAGGAGGCAGAAGAGGAGGCCCAGCCAGAGUCAGAAGAUGUAGAGGACCAGGAGGCAGAAGGGGAGGCCCAGCCAAAGUCACAAGGUGUAGAGGCCCAGGAGGCAGAAGAAGAAGCCCAGCCAGAGUCAGAAAGUGUAGAGGCCCUGGAGGCCGAAGGGGAGGCCCAGCCAGAGUCAGAAGGUGUAGAGGCCCAGGAGAGAGAAGAGGAGACCCAGCCAGAGUCAGAAGGUGUAGAGGCCCAGGAGGCUGAAGGGGAGGCCCAGCCAGAGUCAGAAGGUAUAGAGGCUCCGGAGACUGAGGGGGAGGCCCAGCCAGAGUCAGAAGAUGUAGAGGCUCGGGAUGCAGAAGGGGAGGCCCAGCGAAAGUCAGAAGGUAUAGAGGCUCUGGAGGUAGAAGAGGAGGCCCAGGAGGCGGAGGAGGAGGUCCAGCCCGAGUCAGAAGGUGUAGAGGCCCUGGAGACUGAAGAGGAGACCCAGCCAGAGUCAAAAAUUAUAGAGGCCCCAGAGGUUGGAGGGGAGACCCAGAAAGCAGAAAGGGAGGCCCAGCCAGAUUCAGAAGAUGUAGAGGCCCUGGAGGCUGAAGGGGAAUCCAAGGAGGCAGAAGAAGAAGCCCAGCCAGAGGCAGAAGGCAUAGAGGCCCCAGAGUCUGAAGGGGAGAUCCAGGAGGCAGAAGGGGAGGCCCAGCCAGAGGCAGAAGGUGUAGUGGCCCUAGAGGCUGAAGGGGAGACCCAGGAGGCAGAAGAGGAGGCCAAGCCAGAGUUAGAAGCUGUAGAGGUCCCAGAGGCUGAAGGGGAGGCCCAGGAGGCAGAAGGGGAGGCCCAGCCAGAGUCAGAAGGUGUAGAGGUCCCAGAGGCUGAAGGGGAGGCCCAGGAGGCAGAAGGGGAGGCCCAGCCAGAGUCAGAAGGUGUGGAGGCCCCAGAGGCUGAAGGGGAGGCCCAGCCAGAGUCAGAAGGAGAAACUCAAGGUGAGAAAAAAGGGAGCCCUCAGGUCAGUCUAGAAGAUGGCCAUGCAGAGAGGAAGACCAUCGGGAUGUAUCCAGGAAGUUCCACUUCUGAGCAAGAAGAGGUCCCUUCAGGCCCAAGGACUCCAGAGCAGGGGGCCAGCAAAGGCUGUGACCUACAAGAUGACCAGGCACUCAGAAGCCUCACGGCCACUGAGGUGGUGGGCAGGGCAGAUGGCUUUGGCCAAGAUGACUUAGAUUUCUAGACAAGAUCAAGCUGCAAGACGGUUGUGAGCCUGAGAGCUCUGUUUUUAUUCAUAUUUUUUCUGCAAACCUGAGUAACACUCAGUCCACUGGAGACGUGCACAGCACAUGGACAAAACCAAGGACUUGCUAAGGACACAGCCCAUGCUGUGCUGUCCCGUGAUUCUAAGUCCAGAAGCUUCGGAGAGCUCUGUGGCCUGUCCCACAGGCAGUGCGAAGAAGGGGGGUCUGCGUAUCUGCCCUGUUAUUGGAGGUCAGCCUGGCUUCCAUUCAUUUGUCUGCAGAGCCUGAAAGAUGGAACUGACUGGAAAGGCUCCAGUUAGCUUCUGUGUGUGGGUCUGUUUUCUGUUAGCAAGUGUUUCCCACUGUCUUUUCCCGAUCGAUCUCCUGUUCCUUUUCUCCUUGGUGUCUGUGGGCACUCACCUCAUUUGACUUUGAGGUGCUUUUUUUUCCAUCUUGAAUAUAUUUGGUGACUCUGCAGAAAUAAUUGGGCAAAGCAAAUAACUUCGGAGUCAUUUGAUAAAGUUUGUUCUCAGAACCAAAGUCCAAGUUGUUUUUCCUUAAUUCAUACUUUUUUUAAUAAAAAAAAGUGGAAAAUGCAAAAAAGCAGGGAGAAAGAAAGAAUCCCAUCACUCAGAGACUUCUGUUAGCAAGUGGAUGUAUUUCCUUCUCAUUUCUCACCUUUCACAGUUGACAUGGUUCUUUAUAUUUAUAUGUACAUAUGUUAUAAGUACUUAACAAUGUAAGGAUUUCCCCCAUUUAUCUCAAAAUCAUAAAGCGAUCUUUUAACACCUGAAUAAUGUGCCAUUAAUAAGUAUAUUGAAUACUUUAUCAUUUUCCUAUUUUUGACCUUUUAGAUGGGCUCCCUUAUUUUGUUCUUAAAACUUUUUUUUCUUGAUCGUCUGAUUAAUUCCCAGGCGUGGAAUUACUGGGCCAAAGGAUAUUAACAUUUUUGAGACUUCUCAUAUCCUGCAGCCAAAAUGUUUUUUCUAACAAUCUAUACUCAUAGUGAGAGUACGAUCAGUGUUUGAUAUUGUCAUCAAAAAUGAAAAACCCACAAAUUUUAUCAGCAAAAAAUACUACCUUAUUUUCAUGCAGUACUAUCUUAGAUAUAUAUUUGAUAACUAAUGAGAUUAUAAUUUUUUCUAGGGUUUUAAACCAUUUGCAUGUAAAUUAUGUGUGCAUGCCUUUGACCCAUUUUUCUACUGAGUUUCUAGCUUUUUUUUCCUUUUAAUGAAUUGAUUUGCCUGUGCCCUUUAUAGAUUUUUUUUAAUUCUGUUUUUCAUUUGUAGGAUUUUAAAAA